AUGACAAUACCGCCGUAUCAUCCGUCGUCCAACGGGGCCGCAGAACGUCUUGUCCAGACGACGAAGAAAACUCUCAUCAAACAAGUGCUGCAGGAUCAAAAGACAGGAGAGGUUAGGAUGCUCCAGGAGCGAUUGGACAGCUUUUUGAUGGCAUAUCGAAACACGCCUUCCACGGCAACGGGAAAGUCACCCGCCGAAAUUUUCUUGAAGCGGUCACCCUGGACAAAGCUAUCACUACUCCGACCAAGUUUCGCCCAUGACAUGGAAAGAAAACAAGAGAGACAAGUUCGUAGAGACACCAAGCCACCACACAAGCUGUUUCAGGAAGGUGAUUCGGUGUUCGUGAAAACACUAUGGGGAGGAGAGGUGUCCUGGGAAAGAGGCACCAUUCUGCAGACUGUCAGCCCAGUAGCGUUCCUGGUAAAAGUGGCAACAACGUACGGUUCAUGCACAGUGACCAUCUGA